AUGUCGACCUUAGACAGAGCAUCAAGAUGGAGCCAGGGACUGGACACUACAUGUGUGCUCUGUAAAAAUGCUGCAGAUACGAGGAGUCACUUAUUCUUCGAAUGUGAUUACUCUGCACAGAUAUGGGAGUUUAUAGCCAAAGGUAUUUUACGAGACUCCUAUACAGUUAUCUGGUCUGAGAUCUUGGCUAUUCUAUUGGAUGAGAAAAGAGAAAAGAUGAGCCUCUUCUGUAUAAGAUAUGCUUUCCAAGAAGUUCUGUAUGCAGUAUGGAGAGAGCGUAACAAGCUUAUGCAUGGUGAUAAGUUAUUGCCAUUACCAGUGAUUAAAAGGAUGAUUGAUAAGGGAAUCCGCAACAAGAUCUCUUUGAUGAGAAUGAAAGGGAUCAAGGGAAUGGAGAAGCUGAUGCAAUUUUGGUUCCUUACUAGAAUGUAA